CUGUGCGCGCACGCGCAGUGGGGCGGUGGAUGUUUACGGCGGCGGAGGUCGGGGCUGCGUAGCCAGGCGGCGGACGGGCUAGGGGCGACCGAGGAGCUGCAGAGUGGCAGCUUUGCCCGAGUGACCAGGAAGAUGGGGGGCGCGGUGAGUGCUGGCGAGGACAACGAUGAGCUGAUAGACAACCUGAAGGAGGCGCAGUACAUCCGGACAGAGCGGGUCGAGCAGGCUUUCCGAGCCGUCGAUCGGGCAGAUUAUUACCUUGAGGAAUUUAAGGAAAACGCCUAUAAAGACUUGGCCUGGAAGCAUGGCAACAUCCACCUCUCUGCUCCAUGCAUCUACUCGGAAGUGAUGGAAGCCCUGGACCUACAGCCCGGCCUGUCGUUCUUAAACCUGGGCAGUGGCACUGGCUACCUCAGCUCCAUGGUGGGGCUUAUCCUAGGUCCUUUUGGUGUGAACCACGGGGUGGAACUUCAUUCGGAUGUGAUUGAGUACGCAAAGCAGAAACUCGACUUCUUCAUCAAGACAAGCGACAGCUUUGACAAGUUUGACUUCUGUGAACCCUCCUUUGUUACUGGCAACUGCCUGGAGAUCUCCCCGGACUGCUCCCAGUAUGACCGCGUGUACUGUGGGGCCGGCGUGCAGAAGGAGCACGAGGCGUACAUGAAGCGCCUCCUCAAAGUCGGAGGCAUUCUGGUCAUGCCACUGGAGGAGAAGUUGACGAAGAUAACUCGCACUGGUCCUUCUGCUUGGGAAACCAAAAAGAUUCUGGCUGUUUCUUUCGCUCCACUGAUCCAGCCCUGCCAUUCAGAAUCAGGAAAAUCCAGACUUGUCCGGUUACGACUUGCCGGGCCACGAUCUGCUGAAGAAGAGGACGAGUUACCCGCACCUGCCACUGGAAGUUCUCCCCAGGCAGAGGACUCUGAAAUUGAAUUUCGGGCCCCCCCAACCCAAGAUGACCUCCUCCCAACUACACUUGGAAAGACACUUUUCCCAGAGAAGACCAAGGUGCUGUGUUGACGGGCACAGACGCAGCCACGGGCGUGCGGGUCUGGGGAGAAUGAGGACCCUGGAAGCACCUGGAAAGGAGCAAGGCCUGGCUGCGUCGGAAGCUGAGUGCUUCCGCCACUUCACCCUGUCGGUGGAGAGGAGCCCAGCGCCGAGUCCGGGAGAGGCUACCUUGCAGAGCCGGCCCCUCUGGGAGUCCAUCCUCGGUGGCAUCAGGCGACUGAUGACUACGGGCUUCAAGGCAUCACUUUCCGGCAGGUGAUGACGGCACUGUCCCUUUAGGCUCAGCAAGACUAGAAUGGGGGGUUGGAAGGAGACGUGUUUGGGAGCGUGUGAAGCUGGUUGUCAAGGAAACGUCCCCUUUAAGCUGAAGGCAGACCUUGGGGAGUUGGACUCCAGGCACCUUUUAAAGGGGCUGCCCUGAAGCACCCUGACCUGAGAGGUGGUCUCGGCACAGGCUGUGGUUUGAGGGAAGUGUGAUGAGAUGAAGCCUUCCUUUCUGUUCCUGAAGGGGAGGGUUUUACAGGCACUUCAGCUUUCAGGGCGAAUGUCUGUUACUGGAACAAAGUGCUCCCCCUGCAAUGGGCUGAAGCUCAAGAUGUCUCUGUCCCCUUCAUGGGAGGGUCCAGGGCAGGGGGUGUCGGGGCCCAGGCUCUGUCCCCCUUGUUUCUCCUCCCUGCUUCUGGGUGGAGGACUCCAACCAGGAGGGGGUGGGUGUACCACGCCCUGCGUCCUAGGACAGAGGCUGGCCCAGGCCCCACCACCUCCACCUCUUCCCCUCGGUAUCAGGAGAUGCUGUGCCCCAGCUGCAGGGGUGGGCAGGCUGGGGGCGGGGGCAGGGCACCAUGAGCGGGUAACGGAUUACGGGCUGUGGUGGGCGCCGGGCAGCUCUGCUGCAGCAGGGUCACCAGGGCACUAGCGCACGUCUCUGGGUCCUGUGAAGUGGGACUGCACGUGGGCGUGAGCUCUCUGGUGCUUGUGGUUCUAGAAGUCACGGAGGAGGUGUCCCCCAGCAGGUGAAGCUCAUGUCCCCAGUGGUGGUGAAGCCAGAUCUGAGGUUCAGACGGGUGUGGCCGCGUGUACGGGACAAAACCAACGCGUGUGCAUGUAGAUCAGGCGCGCGGGGCUGCCUGAACUCUCCUCUCGCGCGCCCUCCCCGGGGACCCUCCUCAGCUGCGGAGGCUCCGUAGCUCACGUGCAGGGGAUGGAGCGUGCCCAGCCUGAGGCCUGAUUUGCCCUGCGUCUGAGUCUGCUCGGUGCUGCCACAUCAAAUGCCCGAGUCCAGGCGCUUACACAACAGACCUGUCUCCUCGCCUGGAUGCUGUCUGAGAUCAAGGUGUCUGCAGGUUGGUUCCUCCCGGGGCUUCUCUCUGCGUGUGGACCUCCGUCUUCUCCCCAUGUGCUCACGUGGUCGCCCCUGCGCCUGUGUCCUGGUCUCUUCUUGUAGGACCUCUGUCCAAUUGCAUUAGAAAAACCCCAUCUCCAAAGACAGUCAUAGCCUGGAUUCCUGGGGGUUAGGGAUCCAGCAUGUGAGUUUUAUGGGGACACAGCUGAGCCCACAUCCUCCUGCUUAGGAACUAGCUGGGCCUCUGUGCCUCCUUCCCUCAAAUUCCAUGGCCGCGGGUGUGGAUGUGUGACAUCCCAAGGAGAGGCCACCUGUCCAGAUCUAAUUAGGGACAGCACAGGGCCUUAGUUGGGGAGAUGCAGGACCUUAGUUAGGGAGGGGGUAGGGACCGAGUUAAGAAUAGUUCAGGGCAUUUGUUAGGGAUAGAGCUGGGCUUUGGAUAGGGACAGCUUAGGUCUAGUUAAGGAGCCCUCAAAGCCUUACUUAGGGAGAGCUUAGGGCAUUAGUUCGGGACAGUAUUGCGCCUUAUUAGUGACAGCGCAGAGCCGUAGUUAGGGACAGCUUAAAUGUAGUUAGGAACAGGGCAGGCCCACCUCAGGGACAGUGCAGCACCACAGUCAGCAAAAGCACAGGGCCUGAGUGAGGGACCUUGCCCAGCCUUAGUUAGGGACACUGCAGUGCUUUAGGUAGGGACAGCGCAGUGCCUUAGUAAGGGACCUUGCCCAGACUUUGUUAGGGACAGCUCAGGGCUUUAGGGACACUGCAGUGCUUUAGGUGGGACAGCACAGGGCCUUAGUUAGGGACACUUAAGUCCAGUUAGGGAUACAGCGAGGCUGAGGUCAUGAAUGAAGGGUGGGAGUGCAGCGGUAUUUUGGUGGGCAGGCUGUGCUCAUCUCUGUGCCCUUUCUCUUGAGAUUUCUCCCCAACAUCCUGCUUGCCUUUGCACCUGAGCCUCUUCUUCCUGUCCGGUGUCAUGGGGGUCUGACUUAAAGGCGUGUCUUGUGACUUAAGACAGGGUGACCUAAAGCUGGCUCUCCUGACUCAAUGGGGCAGCAGGGCAGCUGAGUGUUUUACGGUCGUUAGGGUUAGGGUAAGUUGGGGUGAGUGUCCUGGGAGGCUUUGAGAAAUACCCCAUCUGUAGGGGGCUCUUCAUUGUGCUUAGAGGGAGAGGAGGAACAAAAUCAAGCUGGCAGGUGCUGGCGCCCCAGGGCUGCUGAGGGAGACGGAGGAAGGACUGAGAGUUGCUGUUAGAGCACACGGCCACUAGAGGGUGUCAAGAGCCCCAGCAGCGCCCCCGCCCCCACUGCAGCUCCCUGGCUGCACCUCCAGGCUCAGAUGUAGGAGAUGGGUCAGUGGAGCCCCAAGGGGGUGCCCAGAGCUUUGGGCUUGGGUACAGGGCACCUCUGACCACCUGCCCCGGUUUUCCUCAUCUCAGGGGACAUACUGCCUUCACACUGUGGUUCAAUUCUUGUCUGGUCAGGUUGCCCAAUGGCUAGAGAGUGUGACAGGCUGUCUCGGGUCUGAGUUCCCUUUGAUUGUUUGGAGGCACAGCUCUGGACCCAGAAUUACCUGGCUUGAAUCUUGGACCUGCAGUUUUCUCAAAUCAGGCUGGCAUGGCGUUUGGCUUCUGGUCGUGAAUGCAGUGUGUCAAUGUGGGGGUCUUUUGGGGGUGAUCUGUGCUCAUCUUUGUGCCUUUUCUCUUGAGAGUUCUCUCCAAAGACCCUCCUUCUUCCAUCUUAGCUGCUUCCUUCUGUCCUUGACCCCUCCUGGGGGAACCUGAAUUAAGAGGGGCUGAUUGAUUUAAAGCCAGCCUUGUGAUACAGUUUGACUCAAAAUAGUGGGGUGGGUGGGGAGGGGUAUGCGUCCUGGGAAACACUGAGAGAAAAAUACCCCCUCGGUAUGGCAUUUCACUGUAGGAGAGGAGAAACAAAGUCAGCCUGGCAGGUACCUGGGGUCUGUCAGUCCAGCCCCUGGGGUGGGGGAGGGAGACGGGAGGAAGGGCUGAGUUUAUAGAGCCUAUGGCUGCUAGGGGGCAUUGCAGCACCAGAGGAGCCCACUGCUUUCUGGAGGCCCCUCUAGGCUCAGAACUGGGGAUGGUAUGGGGUGGGCAAAAUCCCAAGGAUGUGCCCUGAGAAAAGGGUUUGGUACCCGGUGCCCUCUGGCCAAAUUGCCGCAUGUCACAGAGGGGACAUGGUUCUGCCUUAUGUAUGUGGGUGACUUCCAGCCUGGUCUGGUGGCCCUUUGGCCAGACAUUUGGACAGGCUGUCUGGGGUCUGAUUGCCUUUUGGUUGUCCAGAGGCAGAACUCUGGGCCCAGAAAUACCUGGCUUGAAUCCUGGGUGUGCUGUUUUCUAGAAUCAGGCUUGCAAGGGGUUUGGCCUCAGGAAAGCUGGGCUGGUGGUCGUGAAUGGAGGGUGUGAAAGGGGUGCUAUUUGGGUGGGGGAGCUACGCUCGUCCUUGUGCCCUUUCUCUUGAAAUUGAUCCCCAGCUUCCUUUUCCCUUCCAUCUGAAAGCCUCCUCCUCUGCCCAACUCCUGUUAGGGGGGAAAAUGCCUAAAACCCGGUGACAUGAGGAAAGGGUGCGAGGUUACUGAUUUAAAGCUGGGCCCCAGGGCUUAAGGGUCCAGAUGGAUUUAACAGCCACUCCUGUGAACUAAAAAGCAGGGCGGCUGAGGGAUGGCAGGCUGGGGGGUGGUGUCAGGUGGGGCGAGGGCCCUGGUGGACCGAGAAAGCCGGGCCCCCUCUGCAGGGCCUUUCCUGGUGCUCAUGUUAGGGCACCGUUGACUGAACCGCUGAAACCGCCCCCCCCCCCGGGCCAGGCAGGACCCCAGCCCUUGCAGGAGUUGUGUCACAGCAGGUGGCCCUGAGGAGAAACACGGUGCUGCCCUGGAGACAAACCGGGAGGGUUGGGAGGGAGCGGGAGGGGGGCAGAUGAUCAGCCUCCCUGAUCCGUAGGCUCCGUCUCAGCUGAGAAGCACGUGUGCCACCAGGAAGGCCCCCGGUCCCGUAACACCUGAGGCUUCAAGCCACAUGGCCGAGCCGUUCUCCUGGGCUCCCUCCCCUGCUGCCCUCCGCCUGGGCGUCCUUCCCAAGAAGCCUCUCCCUCUGCCAGCCGUGUGUCUCCUCAGACAAUUCAUUUCCCAGUGUCAGACAGGAGCCCACACUGGGCCCUGGAGGGGUCCCCUUCUGCCGCAGCUGGCGACUCUGCCAAGGCACCUUCCUCACCGGGACUGAUAUUCCGACCAUCAGGCCCCGGCUCUGCUCCCUCAUCCCCCGCUUCUCUCAGUCUGGCCACUCUCCCUCCCGCUGAAACCUCUGAAGACUCCGCAUACUUCCAUUUACUGUCGGCGCUGAGGCCGAGCAGGCCCUGGGGCGUCCUGGGAACAAGCCUUCCUGGGUCCCCCGCUUCGGGUUUUUAGGGAACCAGCUUCGGCCUCCGUGACCUCCCCUGAGCUCCCAAAGGGCAGGUUCAAACUGCUGCUCAUCAGGGAAGGGAGGGGAGGCAGAGACAGGAGAACAGUCAAGAGGCAGCAGGGCAGCCCCAGGACCGAGUCUUGGAUCCUCUUCAAGGAAUACCCAUAACAGCCUCUGAGUCCCUCUGCAGAACGAAGCCCCCAACACGUGACAACCAGAGUGGAGGACCCCCAGAACCAGUCCUGGGGCCACGAAACACCGACUCUGAGGGGGAGUGAAAGCUUGCACCCACCCCCGCCCUUGUCUGGGCCCCUAUUUUCUGUCCCAAACUCUAAAAGCACCUCCUGUUCCAAGCAGAGUCUUGGGGAGGAAGGCUGCUGAUUCAAAGCCUUCUGUCCUGACUUAAAUAGGAGGGUUGCUGAUUUCAGGGAGUGGAUAAAGUCGGGUGUGGUGAGUGGCCUGGCUGAUUGUGAAUAAGUCACAACCCCCACCAUCGUGCAUUUGAGUGUGAUGAGAGGGAGACAGAUAAGAAAACCACGCAGGCACGUGGCCCAGGCAAGGGCAGACCAGGGUUCCUCUGGGAGGCAGAGGAAGGGCUGAGACUGGCAGUUAGAUGCUGCGUCCAACAGGUGGCGCCUGAGUGACAGCAAACCUCCCCACCAGUGCCCCCACCGCUGCAGCUCCCUAACCACAGAACCAAGCUCAGAUCAGGGUAGAACAUGAUUGGUGGAGGCCCAAGUAGGUUCCCAGACAUUUGCCUUUGGCUACACGGUGCCUCCAACACAGUGGCCCAAUGUGCCUCAGCUCAGAGAAAGAUGAAGGUUCUGCCGUCCCAUCUCAGGUUCCGUCUCUGCACAAUCGUGUGGUCCAGUGGGUGGAAAGUUUGACAGGCUGCCUGGGGCAUGAGCACCCUUUGCUUGUUUGGAGGAUAUCACUGGAUCCAGAAAUUCCUGGCUUAUUUUAGAAUCCGGCUGGGGUGACAUUGGCUUCUGCGAAGUGAGGCUGUUAGCGGUCAGUGUGGUGUAUCACUGGGGUGGUGGUGUGGGGGCAGGUCUCAGCCAUUUCUGUGCCCUUUCUCUCUUGAGAUCUCCACCUCCUCCUUCCCGCUCCACCUGAGCCACCUCCUCCUCUGGAUGUAGGAUUCCUACCUACAUCCAGGGGAAGCGAAUAACUGGGAGGUCCUGGAUCUCAAGCCAGGUGCCAGGGCUGAGGGCUGCUGAUUGAUGGCCAGUGGGCUUUGUUGACUGACCAAGCAGGGUGUUUGAUUUCAGGGAGUGGGGUGGUCUUGGGGGAGUGCCCUGGCCGAUUUGAGAUAGGCCUACACCUGCUCUUCAUGUAUUUCAGUGCGCUGUGAGGGAGAGGAAUUAGGAAAUCAGGCUGGCAACUGGCCCAGGCCAGUGCAGACCAGGGUCCUGGUGUGGGAGGCAGGAGGGUUGAGAAUUGCUGUUAGAGCAGCUGGCCACCAGAGGGCAUUAGAACAGCUGGCACCAGAGAGCAGCGGAGCUGCUCCCCCGGCUCGGACUUCACCUUCAGGCUCCAAGAAAAUCUAGAAAUGGGUCCUUAGCACCAAAGGAGGUGCCCAGAGCCUUCCAUUUUGGUACAUGGUGCCCCUGACCCUCUAACCAAAUUUGCCUCCUCUGAGAGAGGAGAAAUAAUUCUGCCAUCACAUCUAAAGUUCAAUUCCUGCAUGGUCAGGUAUCCUCAUGGCUAGAGAGGUGACAGCCUGUCUGGGGUCUGAGUGCCCUUUGACUGUCUGGAGGCAGAUCUCUGGAUCCAGAAAUACCUGGCUUAAGACUGUUUUCCAGAAUGGGGCUGGAGUGCACUUUGACUUCUGGAACCCUGGGCUUCUGGUUGAGAAAGGUACCAGGGUUUACAACCAGUGGCUACUUUGGGAUGGUCUGUGCUCCUCCCAGUGACUUUUCUCUCCAGAGGUCUCCUCCACAACCUCCUCCCCCCCUCCCACCUGAGCCUCUUCCCCCUCUGCCGAACCUGGGGACAAAGAACCCAACCAAGUCCGAGUAAUGUGUAGAAAUGCUGGGUGAGCCUUGAUUUCAAGCUGGGUCCAGGGCUGAAGGGUGCUGCCUGAUGCAAAGCCUGCACAUUUGACCUCAAAUGGGGCUUGUUUUUGUCUGAUUUCAGGGAGUGGGUUUGGGUCGGUGUGGGGGGAAUUGCCCUGGUGACUUUGAGAUCGUCAUAACCCCGCCUACAGGGUAUUUCAGAAGGCGGAGAGGGAGAGAAGGAAAUUACACUGGCAGCAGGUCAGAGCAGAGCUGGGCUCCACUGAGGGAGGCAGAGGAAGGGCUGGGAGCUGCUGUUAGAGCCCAAGUCUCAACAGAAUGUGCUGGGGCACCGGCAGAGCCCCAUCUGCAGCCUCCCUGGCUGCACCUUCAGACUCAAACACAAAGUU